UUGUCGUAAUUGAUGUCCAAUUGAAGGCGUAUUCACUAAAACAUUGAAUGUUUUGAUUGCAAUUUAAUUAUAUUUUUUUUAAUUUACUUUUGAUUUAGUUUUGAUUUAUUUUUAAAAUCUAUUUUUUUGUUUAGAAUUUUAUAGAUUGAGUGUCAAAAUGACGGCAAUUGUGGGUCCGAUAGUAAUAACAGCCAUUUGGGCCGUCGUUGGCAUUGUUUUACCAUUUCUGGUACCCAAAGGUCCAAAUCAAGGAAUCACACGAACUGUAUUAGUGACGACUGCCGUCUCUUGUUAUGUACUAUGGCUUUGCACUUUCAUCGCACAAUUAAACCCAUUAUUUGGACCUCAAGUGUCAAAUAUAACAUUAAGUUUGAUGUAUUUGGAUAAAUUUUAAUACACAUUUUGGAUCAAUUUUAAUACACAUAUUUCCACUUAUUUAUUAUAAUCAAGUUGUUAUAUAAUUGUCAAGUUUACA